AUGGGCUGCUGUAUGACGAACCAGGGUCCACCCCCAUGCGUUGCAGACAACGAAUGCCUCCGGCGGUGGAUAUGCUUCGACCGCAUCGUGGAGUUGCUGGAUUUCUUUGCAACGUCGAUGUAUUGCUUGGAGUCGUACAAGAUCAUGGUGGACAGCAGUGCCACGUCUGAGAGCUCAGCACGAGAAAAUCUCUGGAUAUUCUCCGUGUUCGUCCUGAUAGCUUCCUGGUUCUGUAUGAUGUUUUUUCACUUCCGCAAAUCCACUAAGAAGUUCAACAUUUUACAUGCAGGCGCCUUCCUUCUUUGCUUUGCGGUGCCUCUUAUUGUCCUUCUGGUGGUUGGGCUUACAGGCCUGUCUCUUGAGGCGCACUCAACCUUGGGGAUUUUCAGCGUAGUUUGGUGGUCCCUUGGGACCGGCGCUCUCUGCAUAGUGUAUAUGUCCCGCAAUAACCCGGUGAACACUUCUGCGGGUUUCGAGGUGCCAGGAGUAGGGUGUUGCAUCGCCUGCUGCAUGGUUGAGAGGAAGCUGAAGGAGGCUAUAGAGUUUCGUGGUGAGAACGCUUAUGGCGACAUGUUGCGAAUAACGCAAGACGUCCCAAGCAUCAUCAUCAGCUCAAUCCACAUCAACCAGCUGGAUGUUAGCUGGUAUGCUGUGCUGAAUCUCAGCACGAGCUUUUUCGCAUUGGCACUCUACCUAUACUUGCUCGUCGAGAAGUGUGUGCCACCUCCGCCCGGAAGCAAGCCGGUGGUCAUCUUUGGAGCUGUCUUGCCGUCCUGA